CAACGUUUCAGUGCAUCCACCAAGUGUACACGCAUACACUAGCUACUACGUCUCACUUUCAGUGGCAACUGGCAAGUGAGUGUGGAGCGAUAGCAGCAAUGGCGGCCUCCUCGUGGCAAGUGGCCCUUCUAGCCGUCGCGGUCUGCGUGCUCCCGGCCCUGCCGGCGGCGGGCGCGGCCCGGGCCUUCUUCAUCUUCGGCGACUCGCUGGUGGACAACGGCAACAACAACUACCUCAUGACGUCGGCGCGCGCCGACUCGUGGCCCUACGGCAUCGACACCCCGGACCACCACGCCGCAGGGAGGUUCUCCAAUGACAAGAACGUCGUCGACCUCAUCAGCGAGCAGAUAGGAUCCGUGCCGGUGCUGCCGUAUCUUAGCCCCGAGCUGGACGGCGAGAACCUGCUCGUCGGCGCCAACUUCGCCUCCGCCGGCAUCGGAAUCCUCAACGACACCGGCAUCCAGUUCGUCGAAAAGGAUCAGCAAGAAACCGAAGUAGAUGACAGUGAUGAAAGGGUACCAAAGCUUGGCAUGAAAUUUUUAUCUGAAGAGGAAGCCUAUUUAUUUUAUAACAACUAUGCUAAAACUAUCGGUUUUAGCAUCAGAAGAAGUAGUGGCCAUAAAGUGACAAACUCUUCUACAUUUCAGCAACGGACAUUUACAUGCUCUCGUCAAGGCCAUCGUCGGGAAGAUAAAAGAGAGGAGACAUUUAGUUAUAGUAGGCCUGAAACAAGAUGUGGUUGUAAUGCCCGUAUGAAGAUUAGCCUUAGAAAUGGAUUUUAUUAUGUGUAUGAAUUCGAGGCAUCACAUAACCACACUCUUGCUCAUGGAAUAAUGGCCCAAUACUUGAGAUCCCAGAGAAAACUGACAGAAGCACAGAUAGCAAAUGCAGAGGUUGCAAAGUCAGUUGGCAUUUCAAAUAAAGCAACAAUUGAUUUGAUGGCCAAAGAAGCAGGUGGAAGUGAAAACCUUGGCUUUACACCUCAAGAUAUGAAAAAUUGUUUAUACUCAAAGAGAACAAUAAAAGCAAAGGUAGGUGACACAGGUGGAGUAUUAGAAUACUUGAAGAAAAAGGUCUCGGAAGAUGUCAACUUUUAUUAUUCAAUUCAAGUGGAUGAGGAUGAGUUGAUAACUAAUAUUUUUUGGGCCGAUUCCAAAAUGGUUUCAGACUAUGCAAUAUUCGGCGAUGUUAUAUGCUUUGACACCACAUACAGAAAACUAGAUGAUGGACGUCCAUUUGGUUUGAUUGUCGGGGUGAAUAAUCAUCAGAAAACUGUUGUCUUUGGUGCUGCACUUCUCUAUGAUGAAACUGCCGCUAGUUUUGGUUGGCUUUUCAUAAAUUUCCUAAAAGUUAUGUCAGAAAAACAUCCACGUACAAUUCUCACCGAUGAAGAUGCGGCAAUGGCGAAGGCAAUUCGUGAAGUCUUCCCUCACUCUCACCAUAGACUUUGUGUGUGGCAUAUGAAUCAAAAUGCUCGCAAGCACCUCGCCGGAGUUGUUGAUGAAUAUAAGAAGUUCAAUGUUGAUUUUCAGCAUUGUAUUUAUGAUAUAGAAGAGGAGGAAGAAUUUGCAGGUGCAUGGGAUAAAAUGAUUGACAAGUAUGGAUUGCGUGACAAUGAAUGGCUGCAAAGGCUAUUUGAGAAAAAGGAACAUUGGGCACUAGUGUACGGCAAAAAUACGUUCUCUGCCCACAUGAGUACCACCCAAAGAAGUGAAAGCAUGAACAAUGAACUGAAGAGAUACAUUAGUAUUAAAUAUGACAUGCUUACUUUCUUUGAGCAUUUUGAACGGCUAGUUUCGGAUAAAAGAUGUGAAGAGGUGAAGUAUGACUUUAAAGCAACACAGACUACUCCCAAGUUGAAGGUUGAAUCUAGCUAUAUGUUAAAACAAGCUGCAGGUACAUAUACUCCAGCAAUAUUCAAGAUGUUUCAAGAUCAAGUGCUUCGGACUCUGAACUACGACACAUUGCUUUGUGAUGAAAGUGACACAAAGCUGAAGAUUUAUGUAGUAAAAUUUCAUGGCACACAACGUGAACAUGUUGUUAGAUUCAUUCCAGAAGAUGAAAAGGUUAGCUGCAGUUGCAAAAGGUUUGAGUUUGCUGGAAUUCUUUGCUCUCAUUGCUUAAAGGUACUUGAUAUUAACAAUAUCAAGCAUAUCCCUGGUGAAUAUAUCUUGAAAAGAUGGACAAUUGAUGCCAAAGUUCUAGAUAUAACAAGCAAAUGCAACCCGCAUGAUAACCUAAAAGCAAGAAUGUCUAACCGCUACAAGGAACUGUGCAGAAUAUUUGUGAAAAUAGCUGCUCGUGCCGCUGAGUCAGAAGAAUCAUACUAUAAGGCUGCGAAGUGUGCAGAGCAAUUAGCACAGGAUGUGGAGAAAUGCUUGAAGAUUAGAGCUGAUCCAGAUUUAGUUAGCCCUGAUCCAGAUUUGGUUCGCGCUAAUCCAGAUUUGGUUAGUGCUGAUUCGGAUUUGUUUACUGCUGAUAAAGAUUUGGUUAGUGCUGAUACUGAUUUGGGUACUUCCUGUACUAAAGAAGUGGCAGGAGUAAACAUCGCCUCUAGUAGAAUUUCAAAACACGGCGAAGGGCUUGCAAAACCAAAAGGUAUGAAGGUCAAGGAGAAGACUGUGAAAGGAUCAAAAAGACCCGUUGGUGGAUUUGAGAAAGCAACUUCAAAGAAGAAAAAGAACACAACUAAUAUUAUGCAACUAGAGCCUCGUGGCCCCUCAACGGGUCUUUUGAAGAAAGCAGCUUCAAAGAAGAAAAAGAACACACAUGAUAUUAUACAACUACAGUCUCAUGAACCGUCACUGGGUCCUAUGGAAUUUUUCACGAAUCAAAUGGCUGCGUAUCAGUUACACUACAAUACUAUGCUAAGUGCUUCAAUGCAGCCAUCAAUUGGUAAUACCAUCCCUAUGCCACCACAUACCCAUCAACUGUUGGCUGGAUUCCAACCAUAUAAUGCAGCAAUGGGUCAUCCGACAAAUAACAUGUACACCUCGCUGCAAGGGACCACUGGGGCCUCUAAAUCUGGUUCGAUGACAGGAGAAAAUCAAGACUUCCUCCAUCUACCGAAUCCAACAUCUAUCCUAAAUGCUUCAAUGUUGCAAUCAAGUGGUCAUACCAUCCCAAUGUCACCGCAGAUCCAAGAAGCACACAAUAUUCCAGUGGGUCAUCCAACAAAUCACAUGUAUACAUAUUUACACCGGCAACAUUCCGUGCUGAAUCCCUCACUGCAAGGGAGCAUUGGGACCUCUGACUCUGGUUUGAUGACAGAACAAAAUCAAUUCGUUCUCAAUCAACCGAAGCCAACCUAAUCUAUUUGUUCUCGAGAGUUUUAUCUGAUAUGUGUUAGACUUCCAAGUUGCAACUGAUUUUUACUGAAACUUGUAUGUACCGUUAACUGAAUGCUACUCCAUCUUGCCAAUCAAAUAUACUCGUUCACAGAAUUAUCUAUGCACAA